AUGAGGGCUGGGACAUACACAGAAAUGUAUUACACCAUAGUAUUAUUGCUUGCGCUAUCAGGAACAGCAAUCGGCAGGUUAUCAAAACACAGAGCACUAAAACUACCAUCUGGUAGUUUAAAAGAUGAUCCAAAUAUUGAAGGGUUCUGCUCUACACUCUAUUCCGCUGGUUCUCCAAAUGAUGUCAAAGAGAAGAUAAAUCCAUGUCAUUAUUACAGGUGUCAGAGUGGUAACUACAUAAGGAACAGAUGCCCAGAUGGAAUGGGACUGAGCCCAAUAUUUGUCAAAAAGUGGCUUAAAUUAAAGAAAGGCAGCAAUGGGAACCCUUGCACCAAACCCAAUAAGAAAUGUAAAAUUACACUUAAAGAAAGGGGUCUGAAUGAUUAUGUAACAACUGUAUGCGGUGUAGAUGUUAUGAUCAUCAUUGAUGUUAGCUGCUCUAUUGAGGAGGUUGAUCAGAUGAAAGUGAAGCAAUUUGUAAACAGAAUGGUGAAAGUAUUUCCUAUCAAGCCUGGAUUUACACAAGUUGGAGGACUUGUGUUUUCUAAAAACAUUGAGCAUGUAGCUUAUUUGAAUGAAUUCGACAUGCGCAGAAAGGUUUUAGAACGCUUUGCCAAUUAUCCCAUUACAAUGAAACCAUGUGGAACAUCAACAUUUGCUGCCCUUGAAAUGGCAAGAACAGUGUAUUUUACUGAACAAAAUGGGAGAAGACCCAAUAAAAAGGGAGUUCUACUAGUGAUAACUGAUGGCUUCACAAAUCCUAUAAGGCGUCAGAAUGAAACCCUGCACCAAGCUGCGAUGUUUGACGCAGAGAUGCCAGAAGUACAGCGCACCGUCAUAGGCGUUCCUAAUAUCAAGCAAGAGGAAAAGGGCAACAGAGGAAUAGAUGGCGUAGCAGAAUGGUCAAAGAUUGCUAGUAGUCCAAAUGAUGUGCUAACUCUAGACUCUUUUGAUGCCCUGUAUGAUAUCAUAGAUGAUAUAACAAGGAAAUCGUGUGAAACACUCUAGGUUCAGACUAAGACAAACAUUACAAAACUUUGUUAUGAUACAUAACAUCACAUACAACAGGGACAUAAUACAAUGGUGCUAUGUAACUGUUACUAUUUUCAUCAUGCUCCAUUGACAAAAU